AUGUCAGGAAAGGAACGUCUAGAUAACAUAGCGCCGGUUAUUCAUGCCAUAAAGCCUCGCGUUCAAAGAGAAAUCGACUCGUUGGACGAUGAUAGUGAAGAUCUGUUGGAUUCGAGAGAAGUAUUCGAUUAUAUACGAGAUAUCACUGACCCAGAACAUCCAUACACAUUGGAACAGUUGAAUGUGGUUCAGGAGGAGCUUAUUCAGGUGUGUGCGAGUGGAUCGAUUUUCUUUUGUUAUACUGGAUGUUGAAAGUGUAAAAAGAGCUGUUUGAUGGGUAAUAGGAGUGUGGAAUUUAUUUUUUUGUUCAAAAAAUGUUAUUUUAGCUAUAAUUCUAUCCACAUUCUAUCUAAAUAAAGCUAGAAAACCAAUUUUUAAAUAAUAGUUACUUUAAUAUACCCCUAAAACCCAAUUUCUUUUCCAGGUAGACCACGAAAGACCAUCGAUGCCCGUCGUGAGAAUCCACUUUACCCCCACCAUCCCUCAUUGCUCUCUCGCAGCUCUAAUUGGCCUAAUGUUGGUGAUAAAACUACAAAGAUCGUUGGCAAAGAAUGUCAAGAUAGACGUGAAAAUCACCGAAGGUACUCACAACACUGAACAUGCUAUAAAUCGUCAAUUGGCGGACAAAGAACGAGUGGCAGCGGCGUUGGAGAACGGCAGUCUAAUGGAGACUGUUAAUCGAUGUUUGGCUCCACCUGAAUGA